UCGCUCGGCCCCAUCUUGGGAUGACGUUUAAGGCCGUCAAGCUUCUACAGCCUGCUCAUGUUGACAUGUUAUGGCGCAUGUGUAACAUUGAUGACGGUCUUGUUGUUCAGGAGGUGUCUAAAGGAUCUAAUGCUGAGAUACUCGGAAUCCAAGAAGGUGAUCUUAUUGAAUGUAUGAAUGGAAAAUGCAUUUCUACCACAAUUGAGUUGGAAAAUACGUUGAUGAGCCUAUGCAAAGGCCCUUCAGACAGCCAAAAUGGCCAUAAUGCUGAAGUUUGUAUUUCUAUUGGGGUGUUUCACACACUCAAAAAAUACCGAAGUACCAGAGAGUUGACUGCAAAUGUAUCAGACCUUGGAGAAGUUAUUGCAAGAGGUACACGUCUCCUCUUUUAACUAGUCCC